AUGUACCGACUUUACAGUGGCCCGGAACCACAGAAUGCUGAAAACGCCGCACGAGCUGACAAUGAAAAUUCUUACCACAGGUACAUCCAGACAGCAGACCGUGACUUGAGAAAUGGAGACCUGGACGCAGCAGAGCAGAACCUGGCAGCCGCCCUGAAGCUGGUUCACGAUCGCUAUAAACCCGACAAGGCUAGAGAAGCCGACUGCAUGUGCAGGUUGGGUGACGUCUACGUCGAGCGAGGCAAGCGGACAGGAGAAGGUAGGACAUUCACACAGGCAGCAGCUCUGUAUAACGCCUCCAUGGCACGGACAGAUGGAGACAAACAAAACAUGGUAACAAGGCUGCAAGAAACAGAAAUAAAGUUUCUUAGGAACACGUGUAACAUAGACUGUGAACUGUGUUCGUACAGCAGCGCGUUAGAGCACAUAAAGGAACUGGAGAACAUGCGCGCCCGUGUAAAAUCUCAGCUAGACACAAUUCAUCAGGAACACAACCCUUAUCAGUAUGAUGAAGACGAUCCCGUUGUGAGAGAAGUAGAGAUCAAACGAGCUGAAGCAAUCAAGAACUUAUUUAAGAGGAUCACAGCUGACAGACAAGAGUUCAUCCAAGUACUGACAGAUGAGUGUAUUGCAAAACUCGGUCCUCUUCCGUGUAAGUACGCUUUCAUCGGGUUGGGCUCACAGGCCACAGAACUGGUCACGCCGUACUCCGACCUGGAGUUCGCCAUUUUGAUUGAGGAAGGGAAGGAUGAUGAUGAUACACGGAGGUAUUUCCUGAACCUUACACACUACUUACAUCUCAAAGUCAUCAACCUUGGGGAAACCAUCCUCCCAGCCAUGGCCAUCCCGUCACUCAACGACUUCCUCUCCGAAGACCCAGAGAAAGAUUGGUUCUUCGACUCCGUCACACCUCGCGGCUUCGCCUUCGACGGCUUCAUGCCAUGGGCUUCUAAGACUCCUUUUGGAAGAGACGAGACCAAAAACAAACCACCCAUCAGUCUAAUCCAAACUCCGGCUAAGUUAUCGAAAUAUCAACAUCUGCACAUUGCCCUGGCGGAAGGCUAUCACCUGUCAGACAUCCUCAGACGGGUGACCUACUUAACAGGAGACGAGUCUUUGGUGGAUGAGUAUACGGACAGAGUCAACAAAAGCGUAGAUCGUUCAGCUGAUCUGGCACGGCUGUCAGCACUGCUGAUACUGAUAGAUAAUAUUCAGCAACUUCAAAACGUCAAACCAACGGGACAACUUCUGGAUGUUAAGAAAGAAAUAUACCGCUUCCCAAGCGUAGCCGUCGACGUCUUGAGUAUGUGCUGCGGUAUCACGAUCCCCAGCGUGUGGGGAAUGAUAGAAGAGUUACAGAAAACACAACGGAUCAGUCAGGAAGAUGCCCACCAUUUGACUGUACUGAUCAGCAUCUCAGCGGAGCUGCGGUUAAGAACGUACAUCGCCAACGGAGGACAGAAGGACAGACUGUCUCCUCUCAUUGAGAUGAAAAUCCAACUGGAUAAACGUGACGUAGAUGACACGUUGGUUAAGUCAGUGUUCCACAUACCAGACUCAAAAAUGCUUUUCAGGUACUACUAUACAGCUAUGCCAUUAAAAACAUGCAUUGUGGAGACAGUUGGAAGAGAAAGUCAAAGGAAAAAAAUAUUUCAAAACGCAAUAUUUGACAACUCAUCUCUAACGAGGGGCCGAAUUUCACAACAGCUAUUCUAUUUAGAUGCAUCAUUACGUCAGUGUGAGGCGGCUCUGGAAGAGGCGGGCAGUGAAGAGGAGAAACAGUUUGAAAUACUUUCCAAAUUAGGAGUGGUCUUGCACAUGCGUGGUGAGUUUGAGCAAGCGAUGGGCUACUUUCUAAGGGCACUCACAGUUGCAAAGACUGAAAGCACAGUGCAUACCAACAUCGCCACGUUGCUUGCAAACAUUGGAUUAUUGCAGUGA